UUCUUCUGUGAUCUUCAAAUGAUUAUUUUAUUACAAAUGCGUAUUAUUUUAUGCUCCUAAUAGAGUGCACCUUAAUAUAACAAUGUAAUUUAAUCUACAUUUUGAAUGUUCAUUCAUGUUAUCUUAAAUUCACACAACAUACUACAAUUUUAUUGUUAACUUUAUCCGGCAAACAAAAUAAACCCGAAAGGUGUCCUGAGAAUGGAAAUUCAGAAACAAAAGCUCCAAAAAUCAAAGCCUCAGAGACAAGUAUUUUGUGAAAGGAAACUUCGGGUCUCGUUAAAAUACAGACCCGAUAUACUGAAACUAAUUUUAAAACUGAAACUAUGCUUGUCAAAGAAAAAUAUAUUCAUAAAAAAGCUCAAAAAAGAACUUGUCAAAAAGGCAAGUCAGAAACAAAAAGACACAUUUAAAACCUGUGAAGUAUCUACUCAAACUGAUAUAGAAAAAGGGGAGCAGAACAAUAUUUCUAUCAAUAAUAGUAACUUGAUUUCCAAUGGAGCAAUUGAUGCUGAUAAAGAAAGGGAGACUAAAGAGUCUGGGUGGGAUUUGACCGAAGCUGAUGGUCAAAAAAGUAUAGCAGAUCAAGUCAAAGAGGUUGCCCAAUCUGCUAUGCAGGAGUCUGGGAUGGUCUAUGUAGAAUCGGCUGGAAUGUACUAUGAUUAUAAAACGGGAUAUUACUAUAAUUCUGAACUUGGCCUAUAUUAUCACUCUGAUACAGGCUGCUAUUAUUAUUACUCAGAUGAAAAGAAGUCUUUUGUAUUUCACUCUUACCCAGAUAGAAGUGCUGAAGUUGCUGAACAAAGGGAAGCUAAGAAAUCAAAGAAAAAUAAAAGGGUCAGCAAAUGUGAUGAUAUAGAAAACCUGACGAAAAAUCUCUCUCAGGACAAAGAACCGAAACCUAAACGGAGGAAAAAAGAUCGCAAAAAAGAAGUAAAACUUGAAAACGAUGAUUCAAAAACUGAUGAUAAAGAAGUUGUGAAUGAUAAUCAUGAAAUUAUUGAAAAAACUGAGUUAGAAGAUGGGGAGUGCAGCGAGUCAAGUGAAUCGGAGAGUGAUGCAGAUGAAGAUGGUGCUAGUACUUCUACGGCUACUGAUGAUGAAUCGGUCGCAAAACAUCAUCCACCGUGCAUGCGGAUCAUAGUGCGGGAGACGACGUUACCGAAACUGAAAGUCGGUAGUUUGUUCCUGAUAACGAAAGAUGGCGGCACUGUAGGAAGGGAGGGGGACCACCAUGCCAUUGUGCUACGCGAUCAAAAUGUAUCAAGAAAUCACUUAGACAUAAAAUACGACAUGAAUAAGCAAAUCUAUGCAGCUGUGGACCUCGGCUCUAAGAAUGGAUCAGUUUUGAAUGGAGUAAGAAUGUCGCCAAGUCAAGAAACAAGUGAACCGAUGGAGAUAGUACAUGGCAGCACGCUACAGUUGGGCGAAACGAAACUUCUCUGCCACAUACACCCCGGUACGGACACGUGUGGUCACUGCGAGCCCGGACUCAUUAUGGAACACAAAGAGAAAGAGAAAAUAGCCUACACACGCACGUGCAACGUGAAGCGGCAACACGAGCUCGAAUUGGCUCGGCUCAAGAACAAAUACGCGCCGAAACUGCUGGAAAUAGACGAGAUAUCGUACCGAGAUAGGGCACAAGCGAGAAGAGACAAGGUGGGAUCUUCCCACCACGCUGAGAAGACGCAGAGCAGUGAUAUCAAUACGUUCAUAGCACCAGAAAACAAGGGUUUCAAGCUGCUAGAGAAGAUGGGCUGGUCGAAGGGCGAGGGGCUCGGGAAGGACAACCAAGGGGAGAAGGAACCGAUACCACUCGUCAGCAACGAAGGCAAGUCGGGUCUUGGUACUGCGCCGAUGCCCGAAGCACCGAUAGGAUCCCUUGGGUCUGCAACAUUGAGACUCGCCACUCGAACUAAAAUGUUGCAACCGCCAGCGAAAGCGUUUCAGAACGAGCCUGAUGAAGAUUCUGAAUAGAAGUCUUAUAUAAUAAUGUAUAUAUAAUAUAUUGACGUUGGCCAAGUGCGGGUUGUCAGACGGUAGUCGAUAGAGUCGCCGAAGAUGAAAUUGUACAUACCGGAUUCCUAAUUAUUUGAAACAGUGGUGAUCUGUAUUAUGCGCAGAAGAAUUGAAAAAUCUAUGAAGUUCCUGUCUGCGUCUGGUCUCGAACCUCCGUUUUUUUUAAGUCCAAGCUCCUCACCGCUGAGCCACCACGGCAUUUUUUGUUAAUAUUUACUUCCGGGAAAUGGAUUACGUAUAACUCAAUGUUGGAAAUAAUUAAGAGUGCAACGCACUUAUAUUUUUUUUUACAUUGUUUUAAGAAAGUCGUUUUUGCAUGAAACAGAACGGUUAAUAUUUUAUAAUUUUUGCGUUGGAAAUUAAUGUAUAUAAAUAUUUUAAGCUCUUAAGAUAUGUAUCUUUAAAGACCUUUUGUUUAAAUAAAAUUGUAAAUAGUAAUAAAA